CCGGUGCACGUCAUCAGAUGACGACACCUCAGCCAGCUGUGCGCCCCUCCCCUUCCUACCAGAGGAGUUUACCCAGAGGGAGAAGCUGACGGACAUCUAUAGAGUUCAGUCACGGUAUCGGGGGAAGGACGGCACGAUGUGGCCCCUGUUACCGCUGCUGCUGCUCGGUCUGUUGCGACCCUGCACCGCAGAAUCCCCGUUGGUUCAGCGGUGUAACUCAUCCACAGAGGGCACCAUUUACAAAUAUCGGGCAAAGACUCUUAAUGGUAGCCAGACUGUGAACUUCAGUGACUACGCAGGCAAGGCUGUCCUCGUUGUCAACGUGGCUACAUACUGAGGAUUCACCUAUCAGUAUGUAGAACUGAAUGCACUGCACGAGGAGAUGAAACCACUCGGGUUCGCUCUUCUUGGCUUUCCCUGCAACCAGUUUGGAAAACAGGAACCAGGGCAAAAGCACGAAAUCCUGCCAGGUUUAAAGCACGUUAGGCCAGGCAAUGGAUUCGUUCCAAACUUCCAGCUAUUUGAGAAAGGGGAUGUGAACGGGAAAAAUGAGCAAGAGCUUUUUACUUUCCUUAAGAGCUCCUGCCCCCCUGUUGGAGACAGCUUCGGUGCCGUGGACGGCCGGUUGUUCUGGGAGCCUCUAAAGACUAGCGACAUCAAGUGGAACUUUGAGAAGUUUCUGGUGGGACCAGAUGGAAAGCCAGUGAUGAGGUGGUACCCGGCUGUUAAAAUUUCUGAGAUCCGAGCUGACAUCCAGAGAUACUUUCUCCAACAGUACACGCAGGAUGUCUUUAACUAGAUCGGCGUGAUUAUUUAGUAUUGUCCAUCUAAUAAAGUAAUCAGGAUUAGUAGAACUAAGGUAGUCUGUUAAGGCGUAAUGUGACAGUUUCUUACACGUGAAGAUGGCAUGUUGAAUGAAGAGGAGGCUUGAAAACAGGAACUCUGUGGUGCCUCUUUGGAGCUUAGGGUUUAGGCCAGCCUUUCAGUGCAUUCAGGCUGCCCUGCAAUCCCACAGCACCAUGUCAUCUUCUCAUCUCAGGACCUGUUAGCAAUUACUGCCGAAAUGUUAAUUACUUCCAAUAAAUCAUGGAGAAUAGCACA